AUGCACCGUUUCAGUGGGUGUGCGCUCGGCGCGGCCUUUUGCGUGGCACGCCGAUGGCGCAGCGGCGGGGGCCCUGGCGAUCGGCGUGUUCGGACAGACUGGUAUCGUUGCUAUCCUUCGCUCAUGGAGGAAAAAGACCGUGACAUGUACCACUGCUACUACCCCUACUUGUUCGACCAUGGCGACAAGAUGAGCUUGUACCCGAAAAUCCCUGACAACCCCCGCGCAUGGCAGGUAGAGCAGCUGCAGACAACGUACGACGCGAUCCGCGAGGACAAGUACGACGCGUUUGUUCGCCUACGUGAAAAGUUCCCCGAGCUCUACCAAGACACGUAUGCCUGGGACAACCCGCCGCCGUUUGGAGAGUUCAACAUGUUUUACAGCGUCCGUUUUGGGCUGAUCGGUGUCAAGGCCUUCACCUGCAAAGACUACGAUGACCUGGGCAACCAGUUCGACUGCACCGCAUUCUGGUUCCCCGACAACCAGAUUGUCAAGCACUCUACCCGUAACGGCGAUGUGGGGACGGACAAGGUUUAUGUUGGAGCGAUGAACGUGCCGGUGGAGUUUCACAAACCGCACGUGGCGGCGUUUUACAAGGCGGCCGGCGUGCCCGUGAAGCAUGUGUCUGCCGGCUUUCCUAUCACGCCGGACGCGUACGCGCCGGUCGGGACAAAGCUUGACGUGCGCCACUUCAAACCUGGUCAGGAGGUGACCAUCACCUUUCAGAACACCGACUACGGCUAUCAAGGCGUCAUGUUUCGCCACGGCUUCGACGGUGGUUAUGUCUGGCUCGGAGACUCCAAGUGGCAGCGACGCCCGGGCUGCAUGGGUGCAGAGGGACAGAAGCGCAUCUACCCCGGUCAUCGUAUGGCAGGGCAGACGGGCGCUUCUGCGGAAACCUACGAUGGUGUUCCGGUGUGGCGCAUCGACUACAAGAACUCGCUCAUCUACCUGCCCACCCUCAUUGACGCCGAUGUCGGGACUUACGUGAAGUUUAGGGACACUAUCAACACGAAAGGAUACACGCUGUGGAAUGAGCACCGCGGCACCCCACCCUUCCCCACCUUUAUCCCUAGCAAGGAGGAGGACCUCAGCAAACUGGCCACCGACGAGUGCCAGCUCACCUCUCCGCCACUGUACAUGUACUUCCGCGACGAGUUCGCGGCAGCACAGCUUGUGACCCAGGCGGAUGUCGAGGAUGCCAAGAGCGUCAAGCCAGCGACCGCAGCGCCAAAGAAGAAGGUGUACGACUUGAAAAAGUACACGGAAGCCAGGAAGAAGUACCGCAAGAGCCUGCAGAAGGCACGCAAGUACAAGCUCAUGGGUGUUCGAACACGCGCCCACGAGAAGCAGCAGGAGGCUCGGCGUGCCAAGAUUCUGAAAUAUAAGCGUGUCAAGACGUGA